UACGGUUUUAGACUGUGUUGUGUAAAUACCGUAUCCUCAAAUCGAGGUAGCAGCAGAGCACCAACAGGGAUCGUUAUUGUAUAAUUUACUCAUCCAAAAUGAGAUCUGUGCCCACCUGGAUAGAUAAAGUCCACGACAGAGACAAAGUAGAGCAAUGCGUGAAUGACCUAGCGUUCAAGCCUGAUGGAACACAGCUAAUUGUUGCUGCUGGGAACCGAGUUUUGGUUUACGACACAUCAGAUGGAACCCUUAUUCAGCCACUAAAGGGACAUAAAGAAACAGUAUAUUGUGUGGACUAUGCCAAAGAUGGGAAGCGUUUUGCUUCAGGAUCAGCUGACAAGAGCAUCAUUAUAUGGACAUCUAAACUGGAAGGCAUCUUGAGAUAUACACAUAAUGAUUCAAUUCAGUGUCUUGCAUAUAACCCAGUUACACACCUGCUGGCGUCAUGCUCCUCCAGUGACUUUGGUUUAUGGAAACCAGAAAAGAAAUCAGUUGCCAAGCACAAAAUCAACAGUAAAAUCACCUGCUGCGGGUGGACCAAUGAUGGGCAGUACCUUGCUAUCGGCAUGAUGAAUGGAGUUGUGAGCAUCAGGAAUAAGAACGGAGAGGAGAAGGUGAAAAUCGAACGCCCUGGAGGUGCUCUGUCCCCCAUCUGGUCCAUUGCCUGGAACCCAUCAAAAGAUGAACACAAUGACAUCCUGGCAGUGGCAGACUGGGGGCAGAAGCUGUCGUUCUACCAGCUUAGUGGAAAACAGAUCGGAAAAGACAGAACUCUGAAUUAUGACCCUUGCUGUGUCAGCUACUUCUCGAAAGGGGAAUAUGUUGUGAUGGGCGGCUCAAAUAAUCAGGUUUCGCUUUAUACCAAAGACGGGGUUCGUCUCGGCACCAUUGGAGAUCAGAAUUCCUGGGUCUGGUCGUGUAAGGUGAAACCAAACUCUAGCUACGUGGUGGUAGGCUGCCAGGAUGGGACCCUUGCUUUUUACCAGCUGGUCUUUAGUACUGUCCAUGGUCUGUAUAAAGAUCGCUAUGCCUAUAGGGACAGCAUGACAGAUGUCAUUGUCCAGCAUCUCAUCACUGAACAGAAGGUGAGAAUCAAAUGCAGAGAACUGGUAAAGAAAAUUGCUAUCUACAAAAACAGACUUGCAAUCCAGCUACCAGAGAAAAUCCUGAUUUAUGAACUGUAUUCCGACGACUCUUCAGACAUGCAUUACCGCGUGAAAGAGAAGAUCUGCAAGAAAUUCGAGUGCAACCUACUGGUUGUGUGUUCACGGCAUAUCAUCUUGUGCCAGGAAAAAAGACUGCAGUGUUUGUCCUUUAGUAGUGUAAAAGAGAAGGAGUGGCUAAUGGAGUCAUUGAUUCGGUACAUAAAGGUGAUUGGUGGAUCUCCUGGAAGGGAAGGACUUCUGGUUGGCUUGAAGAAUGGCGCGAUUCUGAAGAUAUUUGUGGACAACCCCUUUGCGAUCACCCUGCUGAAGCAGGCAACCUCAGUGCGCUGCCUGGACAUGAGCUCCUCGCGCAGCAAGCUGGCUGUGGUGGACGAGCAUAACACCUGCCUUGUGUAUGACAUCCACACCAAGGAGCUGCUCUUCCAGGAACCGAAUGCGAACAGCGUGGCAUGGAAUACCCAAUGUGAGGACAUGCUGUGUUUCUCAGGCAACGGAUACCUGAACAUCAAAGCCAGUAACUUUCCAGUUCACCAGCAGAAACUCCAGGGCUUUGUGGUGGGGUACAAUGGCUCCAAGAUCUUCUGCUUGCAUGUCUACGCAAUGUCAGCAGUAGAGGUCCCCCAGUCUGCUCCCAUGUACCAGUACCUGGAGAGGAAAAUGUAUAAAGAAGCCUAUCAGAUAGCAUGUCUAGGAGUGACUGACAGUGACUGGAGAGAACUGGCAAUGGAGGCCCUGGAAGGACUGGAUUUCGAAACUGCAAAGAAGGCAUUUAUCCGAAUUCGCGAUCUGCGCUACUUGGAGCUUAUCAACAGUAUUGAGGAGAGGAAGAAGCGUGGAGAGACCAACAAUGAGCUGUUCCUGGCAGAUGUGUCUGCCUACCAGGGGAAAUUUCACGAGGCAGCGAAACUCUACAAGAAGACCGGCAAUGACCCUCAAGCUCUCAACAUGUAUACAGAUCUGCGCAUGUUUGAGUAUGCCAAGGAUUUCCUCGGCUCUGGAGACCCCAAGGACACCAAGAUGUUGAUUACCAAACAAGCGGACUGGGCUCAGAACAUCAACGAGCCCAAAGCAGCGGCAGAGAUGUACCUUUCAGCUGGGGAGCACAUGAAAGCCAUAGAAAUCAUCGGGGAUAAUGGCUGGGUGGAUAUGUUAAUUGAUCAAGCGCGGAAACUGGACAAGGCAGAGCGGGAACCGUUGUCAAAGUGUGCCGCCUUCUUCAAGAAACUGCAGCACCACGGGUAUGCUGCAGAGACUUACGUGAAGAUGGGAGACCUCAAAUCUCUAGUCCUUCUGCAUGUGGAAACAAAUCACUGGGAUGAGGCCUUUGAAAUUUUAGAGAAGCACCCCCAGUUCAAAGACGAUGUGUAUGUACCGUAUGCACAGUGGCUGGCAGAGAACGACCGCUUUGAAGAAGCCCAGAAAGCGUUCCACAGGGCUGGUAGGCAGGGCGAGGCAGUGAAGGUACUCGAGCAGCUCACUCACAACGCUGUUGUGGAAAGCAGGUUUAAUGACGCAUCUUAUUACUACUGGAUGCUGUCAAUGCAGUGUCUGGAUAUAGCAAGGGAAAACGAAGAGAAGAAAGACGAAAUGUUAAAGAAAUUUCACAAGUUUCAGCACCUGGCAGAACUAUACCACGUUUACCACUCCAUCCAGAGAUACACGGAUGAGCCCUUCAGUUCCCAUCUACCAGAAACACUCUUCAACAUCUCUAGAUUCUUGCUGCACAACCUUACCAAGGAUAUACCACUGGGGAUCUCCAAAGUAAAUACUCUGUAUGCUUUGGCUAAACAGAGCAAAGCCUUGGGGGCUUAUAAGCUGGCAAGACAUGCCUAUGAGAAGCUGCAGGGCCACCGGAUCCCAGCCCGCUUCCAGGAGUCCUUGGAGCUGGGCAGCCUGACUGCACGCUCCAAACCCUUCCAUGACAGCGAGGAGCUUGUACCAAUGUGCUAUAGAUGCUCUACUAACAACCCGCUACUAAAUAAUCAAGGAAAUGUGUGCAUUAACUGCAGACAGCCUUUCAUCUUCUCAGCCUCGUCCUAUGAGGUGCUGCCUCUUGUGCAGUUCUACCUGGAAGAGGGCAUCUCUGAUGAAGAGGCUGUGGCUCUCAUUGACCUGGAGGCACCCAGGGCUGAGAAGAAGGGGGACAAAUGGCUGGAGAUGAACAAUGACGAAUCCCAAACUUUGAGAUUGGAUGAGAGCGUAGAUGAUACUGAAGAAGAUCCAUUCACUGCAAAGCUAAGUUUUGAGCAAGGGGGCUCUGAGUUUGUUCCUGUGGUUGUGAACAAGUCCGUCCUGCGGUCCAUGAGCAGGAGAGACGUUCUCAUCAAGCGCUGGCCAAAGCCCUUGCAGUGGCAGUAUUACAGAUCCCUGCUUCCUGAUGUCUCCAUCACCAUGUGCCCCUCAUGCUUUCAGAUGUUCCACAGUGAAGACUACGAACUGCUGGUACUGCAGCACAACUGCUGCCCAUACUGUCGUAGACCAAUAGAUGAGCCCAACUGAAGAGGGGACAGGACGUUCUGCAGCCUUCUGCAUAAUAAACCACACUGACUGUGUUUCCUGUACACUACUUCAGUCUACAGAAAACCUUAUCCUGGCAACACUACACAACAGGGGGCAAGAAUCGAAAUUGAAUUCGUAUAUAACACAAAUAAUAUUUAUUUCUGAAUUCCAAAGUCAACACCAAUUCCUAGUAAAUGUAAAUGUACAGCCUUAUUUCAGCCCUAAUUCAAAUAGUGUAAAGAAUGGCCUUGAUUCAUACCAGUUUUUGUUGUUGUUUUUAUUUUGUAGCUUAACACACACGUUAGCUUGUAACAUGUUUUUAAAUAGCUUUUCUCUGGUAACUAUAAAACAAUGUCACUGUAUAUCAAAGCCACCAAAUGAAAACCAGCAGCAGCUUGAAUAGAGUGCCUAAAAUAGCAAUGAGCGUGAUGCCAGAACAUAGGGCUCUUAUAAAGACUGUCAAAGAGACAAAAGUCCUAUAGAAAUGAUACAGCAUUACAUUCCUCAUGUGUCCUAUGGUUAAAGGCUAUGUUUCUUCUGCUGCAAGAAAGAAAUUGUGAAAAUUGCUGUUCAGAUAUAACUCAUAAAUACAUCUGUGUGUGUUAUAUGUAAUUAUUUUUCUGAUGUCAGUAGCUAUUUUUGUUAGAGUGAAAUAUGUAAUAUAAUUUGUAAACAGAUUGUACAGGUCUAGUUAACCUGCUACUAGUGUAACUAUGUUCUUGCAUUAUACUAUUAUCCUAAUAUUACACAGCAAACUGUUUUUCAUUUGUAAAGCUGUUGUUGGGCUUUUUUUUUUUUUUUUUAAAUAGAUUGCUGAAUUUAAAAGUUAUGAAACUUAACAUCAGAAUAUAUUGUAUUAUUGAUUUCACAACCUUGGUCAAUACUAAUCUUGGACUACCUUUCCUAAAUUAACAUUAGGUAGUGUUAGAUUGCCCCAGUCUGUGGCUGUGUUUUGUACACAUUAUAU